AUGGAAGACGGAGAACCUUCGAAUACAGGCAUGGAAGAUGGAGAAGCUUCAAAUAACCUUUCGGAAAAACUACCAAAAAGGGUCCUCGGCGAUGGUUGCUACCCCGUUGGUGCUCGGUUGAACAUAUAUUUAAAGGCCAAUGUCAUUGGCCUCCUUGUUGAGGCGUUAAAGGGUACUGAAGAUCUUGAGAAGCUACUUCAUUCCCAGUUUGGGAAGUUAUUCCAUCUACCUGUUGCAAGAUGUUGCAACAGCGCCAAACUAGUCCAUGCCCUUCUAUCACGACAACUUGUGACCACGAAGAAACACGAGAUUUGGUUCCUCUUUGGUGGACAGCCUCUGAAUUAUUCGAUACGGGAGUUUAAGGAAAUCACUGGAUUGAAUUGCAAUCCCGAACCUGAUAGCACAGAAGAAGAAGAAGAUGUCGGAAAGAUAGGAAUCUGGAAAGACCUGUUCGGAAGAUCGAGCGCUAUGAACGUUUUUGAUGUGCUAGAAAUGCUAAAGGACCCGGAUCUACCCCGAUGGAAACGGCUUCCAUUGGCCCUAAUCGUUCUUGUCAACGGUGUUCUGUUUUGCAAUAGCAAAAAUCUGGCCCUCACCGAGAAAUACAUUGAGAUGUUGACUGACUUGGAUAGGUUCAUGCUGUAUCCAUGGGGGAGGGUAUCCUUUAACAAAACAAUAUCUCGUUUUCAAGCUCCGAAGGCAAUCACGGAUGCCGAGAAAAGGGAGAAUCCUUUAACACGAUUGCGCCGUCAACUUAAACAGAAAACCAGUGUAUGCUAUGGCUUCCCUCUAUCACUACAACUCAUGGCCCUCCAAUCUAUACCAAUGUUGGUUUCCAAAAUUCCUCAACCUGAUAACUUGAAGACUUUCGUUGAAGAUCCCGAAGGCUGUCAAAACGUUAUCACACUACUACAUCUUGGGGACAUACUUGUCGUAGAAUCCAAACCUCUGAUGGUAGUGGAUGAUGGUGACAAUGACCAACAGAAAGAAUUGUGUUGGGGAGAUGAGGUAGAGGAUGCCGAAGUUGCAUUCAUGCAGGAACUCAUGGCCGAGGGGUACAAAUUUACACCUUCGGAUUUUGCAGUGGCACCGACACCUAUCGUGGAUCUUAGUGAUGCAGAUGACGAGGUUACCAAUGAACAGGAACCUGAGCCAUCCACCCGACCGAAGAAGAAACUGAUAACUCAUCAAACUGAAAAACGUAAGAUGCAGAGGAAGAAAGGCAGGGGCAAGAACUCUUCUAAUCUAUCGGAAGAUGAAACCCCUCAAAGUGGACAGAUUAAAGAUCUUAAAAGAUGGAUAGUAAGUCAGAAUAAUUUGCUACUUCGUAAGAUUAAGACAGAGUUGGACAAGAGAUUGGGCGUAUACCAACAGGACGAAGAAGAUAACGAUGUACACCAGUCAAAAGAAGAUGGGGAACAGGAUGACGAAGGACAGAAUCCAAAAAAGGUGGUCAAAAACCGGAUGAAGAUGAAGACGAAGCCGAAGAUGGAGGUGAAGAAGGAGAAAGAAAGAGAUGAUGAAGAAGGGAUCUCUACUUACUACGGCGGGGACCAUUAUUCUCCUAGGGACCAUGCGUACUUGAAGACUCCAGAAGCUCCGACGAAGACCCCUGAACCUGAACAAGCCAAUUCAGGAACAACUCGUCCACCUCCUUACUUCGUCAAUCCGGAUGAAGAUCCACCUUCUGGCCUCAACGAGGUGGAUGGUGGUAGAACAAAUUUGGUGUCAGGCACCUUAGUAGUCUACAAACCUCAGACUCCUCACCCAUUGAGCUACGCAUAUAAGAAAAAUGAAGCGCAGACAGAUGCACUGGAUGCACAGUGCUCUUUAGGCUGUGCUAAUGAGGAGGACUCAAAUGCGGGGAAAGAUUACCAUACUGCGCCUGAGGAUGCAAGUGAUGCUUCGCAGAAGACCCCUUGUACUCCAAAACCCCCAAAAGAAGUUGAGGGAUCGUCUGGUGUAAAGAGAAAAAGUAGAGGAACAGGAAGAGGAGGAACAGUUACCAAUUGCUCUCAUUUCAGCGACUUUUGCAUUGUCACUGGUCAUACUGUGAACAAUCAAUUCUUCCUACAAAUUGCGAAGCCUACUGAGUGGGUUAACACGAUGCACAUGCAAGUCAUAAUGGCCAUGCUUUGGAGACGUAGAGGUGAAAUAUACUUGAAAGACAGGGUAGCAUUUGUAGACACCUUGUUUAUAUCCAUCAUCGGCAACUACUACAAUGAUUUCAUAUCUGGAGAAAAAAAUCAGUAUGACUGGAGGAAAACCAUUCAGGGCAUUGUAUUGGGAAAACCUGCAAAGUGGGCUAAUCAACGUCAGAGGCAAAUGUUUCUACAGUUUGUGGACGUUGUAUACGUCCCGAUGAACUAG